UCUCGACGAGCCACUUGUAGCUCACGAUCGGGCGACACGGCGUUGUUGGUACCUCUUUUAUGUGUCUUGCGGCCUCCUUGAGUGAUCCGUGGUUGAGAGAGGAGCGCCUUUUAGAGUCACGGUGGUGUGCCUGCUGGUAGCUGGCUGGCUGGCUGGUAUAAACGCAGCGAGACAGCGAACUGUCAGCGGAAGGCCAAACGCGAUCGUGUAGCCGUUCGUAAGUGGCGCGCGGACUCGUAUCAGUCGGUCGGCUGAUCGUCGAACGAUCCAGGCCGUGUUGUUUGCCGCUGCCGUGAGUGGCCGCUAAACGCGCCGCUAAACCGACCCGGCCGAAGUUCACCGAGGUCUGACGAGGUUCAUCGGCGUUUAAACCCCCGUGUAGGACUUGUGUCAGCCCCCUUCCAGGAAACCACCAUGCCAGAUGGACUUUUCAUCGUUCUCUGGAUCGCGAUCGCCUUGACCGAUGCCGCUACGAUCGGGCAUGCCAGCGUCAAGGCCACGGACUGCGAUAGCGAGAUCUAUUGUGUCGGAGAGUUACUGAAAACGGUCCAACUAGCCGAGGUCUUUCCAGACAGCAAAACUUUCGUCGAUCUUCGUCUGGUAAACGAUCCUGAAAUAACCCUUGGCAAUUUCUAUAGUUUGAUGAAUGCGACAGACAACAAACCGACUCGAAGAGAGGUGGCUCAAUAUGUUAACGAGAAUUUCGCUACGUCGGACGAGCUCGAGAACUGGACACUGCCAGAUUGGACGGAUAACCCGACGAUACUGAAACGCAUUCAGGAACCCAAGUAUCGUGAAUGGGCGAGACAUCUCAAUGAGAUUUGGAAGGAUCUGGCGAGAAAGAUGAGCCCAGACGUGGCCAUGAAUCCGGAUAGGCACAGUUUGAUUUACGUGAAGAAUGGCUUCAUCAUACCUGGUGGUCGAUUUAAAGAGUUUUACUACUGGGACAGUUACUGGGUGAUUGAAGGGUUGCUGUUAUCCGACAUGUAUCAAACCGCCAGGGGAAUGAUAGACAAUUUCGUGUACAUGGUGGAGAAAUAUGGGUUCAUACCCAACGGUGGUAGAAUUUAUUACCUUAUGAGGAGCCAACCACCCCUAUUACAUCUCAUGGUCUCGAGGUACUUGGAUUUCACCGGGGACUACAAUUAUCUACGUACGAUUAUACCCAUGCUGGAGAAAGAGUUCACGUUUUGGCAACGGAGGAAAAUGAUCGACGUCGUGAAGGAUGGGAAAACGUACAAGAUGGGUCACUAUGUUGUUGAUAGUAUACGACCGAGGCCUGAAAGUUACAAAGAGGACUACAACCUGGCGCAAUUAUUGCCCGAAGAAUCACAGGAUUUCUUCUACAAUAAUAUAAAAGCCGGUGCCGAAAGUGGUUGGGACUUUUCCAACAGGUGGUGCAUAGGGAACAACAAAAGUGGAAUGCUCAGUUUACUGAACAUCUCCACGCAGUAUAUUAUACCUGUCGACCUUAAUGCGAUUCUACAACAAAACGCCCGGCUUCUCAGCGAAUUUCACACUCAGCUUGGAAACAAUGCGAAAUCUCAGUACUACGCAAAAAUAGCAGCAGAGCUUCAAAUGGCAAUCGACAACGUUCUGUGGAACGAAGACGUAGGAGUAUGGCUGGACUACGACAUAAAAAACAAUAAAUCGAGAAAUCAUUUCUAUCCUUCGAACCUUGCACCACUCUACACGAGAAGUUACAAUCGUCAUCAACGUGAACACUACGCGUUGUCAGCUGUCAAGUAUCUCAUGUCGAAGAACAUCGACAGUUUCUUCGGUGGUACACCCUCGUCAUUAGGUCAUACGGGGGAACAGUGGGAUUUUCCAAAUGCGUGGCCACCGUUACAAUCGUUUAUAGUAAUGGGUCUCUACUGGACGGGAGUUAAGGACGCGGUAGAGUUGGCCCAUGAAUUGGCGUUCAGAUGGUUGGGUUCUAAUUACCUUGGCUACGUCGAAACCGGGCAUAUGUUUGAAAAGUACGACUCGAUCGUGCCUGGCCAAGGUGGCGGCGGUGGGGAAUACAACGUGCAGACAGGCUUCGGAUGGACAAACGGCGUGGUCCUCGAGUUCCUAGACACCUUCUCGACCAUCAGGGUGAGGGAGAUCGGGUAUGAGAGCGACUGGAACGUGGAAAUCGGACAGUAACAGGUUACACCGAUGACACAAUGCGACGCGUAAUUUUCCAACGAAUCUAGUCUAUACGGAAAAACAGGGCAGCGCGUUUAACGAAAAAAAAACAAACAAAAUAGAGAAACCCACCGUUUGUUCGAUGCAAGUCAAUGUUAUUUACCUGGAAAGAGAAUCUCUCUUUCACUUUCUGCCUUCCGAGAGUCGCGAUCGUUUCCUUCCUUCGAUCAACCUGUAUUAUUCCUGUCUGUUUUAACGGCAGAGAAUCUUUCGUGCCUUCGAGCGAGAACUUCUUACGCGCGAAGGACUUUCAAAGCAAACGGUUGCAUCUACAAACGUCAUAUACACACCACUACUUAGUAUUUUUAAUCGUUGGAACUUCGUCCAUUUACAAUUAUCUUUAAUGUACCGUGCAGCAGUUUUUUUUUUCUUUUUUUUUGUUUUUGUUGAAUAAUCGUUCAAAGUAGGAGUAACAUUGUUCUUGUAGCAGAAUCGAGAAGUAUUUCCAAUCUCUGAUCGCAUCGAGUUUGGAAGAUUUUUGCAAGAUGUUCUAUCGAUGUUAGUGAUAUCGCGUGUGUUCUUUAAUCGUUAAUUCUCGAGUCGAACUCGAGUGAAAAACGAGACACGUGUGUGUGUGUAUGUGUACACGAGACACGUGAAGAAAACGAAGGGGGAAGAAACAAAGGAGUAAGAAAGAAACAAUGGUAUAAUAAUUGCAACAUGCAACACGUCAGUAUUCUAAUUUAAUGGUAGUUGUAACGAUAAGUUUAAUGGACCGUGUGUUAGGAGACUAGCAUGCGUUACUUUCGAUCGUGUAUCGCGUGGAGAAUGACGCUGGCGGCAAACCUCCGACAACAUUUUACUUUAAGCUUCGUCUCGACAUGCGUUAGGUGUUCCCAAAGAAUCGCGUUUUAUCGACAAUCGCGUGAAGCUGGUUGGUAGAGGAAAAGAUUGUCCGGGAAGAUUGUUUUAGGAAAGCUAAUAUAUACAUAUAUUUUAAUGCGAGAUCGAUGAGAAAUAUUGAAUCGAACAGAGACAAUAAAGAAACCGCAUGUG